AUGGCUGCCAUCGGGGGAUUGUGGACCGUCCAGAGUCUCGAUCAGUGGCUUCAAGGACAUUGCCAUGCAGAUUACACGACGACAGAUGAGAAUAGGUUACAGUACACCUCUCAAUCUGUCAUCUCCCUCGAUUCCGUGCCUCACUGCCCAUCAAUCACGCCAGAGCUCGACGAUACCGCUUACGGGGCGACCGCACAAACCCCUCAGCGGCUGAACCUCUCACAGCCACACACCCCGCAUGCUUCACAUUUCAGCUUGCAGGGUACACCUUCUAUGCAGCAGUUCGACCAGCACCAGCGCUUCCACGGUGGCCCUGGCCAAUACCCCAGCUGGUUGUCGACAGUAGUGGCCCCGGGCCUUGGUAACCACUGGAGCGGGAUCCCAACGCGACAGGGAAGCAGCAGCACGGACUUUUCCUCUGCGCACGGUCAAGAGCACCCUUCCCCUCCCCUGUUGGGAUGCUUCACGCAGCCUGGAGGGCGCGGCCGCGGUAAUGAGCUGCCCAAAGUGCAUCGCACUAUCAUUCCCAAUGCGCCGGUCAAUCCACGAGAUGCUGCCGUUUUCGCUACAGAUGUUGACAUCCUCAUGUGUUGCAUUCAAGCCAAGAAAGAGACCGACAACAUCAUCAGAGUCGCCGAAGAUAGGAUAACUCGAGAGGAAAAACAACAGCUCUGGAGCUUCCAGGCUCCGGUGUACCACCAAAAUACCGAUUUUCACGACUGCGACACGUAUACGGGGUCCGAAACCGACUACUUUUCGAAUCCCAAGAGAGCGCACACGGGCGAUAAGCCAUACUCAUGCAAAGCACCAGGGUGCGGCCAGCGGUUCUCACAACUUGGAAAUUUAAGGACCCACGAGCGGCGACAUACCGGGGAGCGGCCAUACGAGUGUUCCGUGUGUGGCAAGAAAUUCGCGCAGCGAGGCAACCUCCAAGCUCACCAAGUCGUUCACCAGAAGACCAAGCCGUUCGUGUGCAAGCUGGACAAUUGCUACAAGCAAUUCACGCAGCGUGGAAAUCUCAAGGCACAUCAGAACAAAUAUCACCCCGAAACAUUAAAGGCAUUGGUCCAAAUGUUCGCCAGCAUCACGGAUACAAGUGCCGUCCCAGAAGAGGAUAAGGAGCUGUGGGAGUACUUUGCCACAACCUACAAAAAUAGCAAUAAAGGCAUCAAGGGGCGAGGGAAAAGACGGAAUCCCAACCAUUCUCAACCACUCAGGUUACUCUCAUAA